CUAGAAGUAAGUAGUCUGCUGUGCUACGUGUCCUAGUUGGAGAUUGCCGCUGACCAUAGUAGAUCGUGGACUAGGCUUGGCUAGUUACCUCCUUCCCCGUUAUAGUCAUGGAUCAGGUUAUGCAGUUCGUUGAGCCCAGCCGGCAAUUUGUGAAGGAUUCAAUCAGACUUGUCAAAAGGUGUACCAAACCAGACAGAAAGGAGUUCCAGAAAAUCGCAAUGGCAACUGCAAUUGGCUUUGCAAUUAUGGGAUUUAUUGGUUUCUUUGUAAAGCUCAUCCACAUCCCUAUUAACAAUAUCAUUGUUGGCAGCUAAAUGGAACGUCGACUUGGAUUUGGAAAAUUGUCAUUGUUAAAGAACAAGUCUUCUGGUUUUGCUUAAUGUAUAUUUUUUAUCUGUCACCGUUCAUGUAAUAAACAGACAUUUCUG